GGGUCCUGCUGGUGGACUCGUCGCCGCUGUGCCCAGCUGCGGCGCAGCGCAGGGCCGGCGGGUCCACUUUGCCGCUCCGGGUGUGGUGUCCCCGCCCAUCAUGUCGCCGGGGCUGGGAGGAGGAGGUGCGCAGGCGUCCUGCAGCCGGCCGGCCGUCCCGUCGUUUCCGUCCCGCCCGGCACCGGGACAGGCAGCCUCGUCCCAGAGCGCCGCGCCGUCCGCGGCCGCGCUCUCUUCCGCCGGAUCGUCUUCCUCCGUCCUGCCGUCGUCCCCCGUCUGCCCGCCGUCCUCUGUCGACUCUCCGAGCCGGCCGCAGCCGCCGGCGCAGGCUCCCAUUCGUCGCCAGCUUCGUUUCGUCGUCAGCUCUGUAGUGGAGAGCAAAGCCUCGCCCACCCUCCAGUCCCCGGCCAACGAGCAGCCUCUGAGUAUGCUGACGGCGGCCGGCGCGACGACCACCUCCGUCACGCCGAGCCCGCAGACGGCCGUGCUGAGCCCGGACUGGCAGAAGGCGGCCGCCACUCCGGCGGCCAUUCCGGCGCUCAGUCCGGCCGUCACGUCAGGAGUGGCUCCGGGAGUCCCUGCUGGUCAUCCGGCGCCGGUGGACGCAGUCGGGGCGGCUCCGGCGGCCGUCCCGCUCUCUGCCGACGGCCCUCGGCUCGGAACGGCCGCCACCUCGCCAUCGCCGGCUGUCGCUCCGAACGCGCCGGCCGGCGCCUCGCAGGCGUCAGCCGCGGCCUUGCCGGCGCCGGCCGCGGCCGUGAAGACGCCGGGCGUCUCGCCGCAAACCUCCUGA